AUGAGAAAACGCACGCAGCCGGACGAGGUGUCUACAACAAAUAAACGUAAGCAGACGAAAAAGACCUUUACACAGCAGCGUGUGGGCAAUUUUAGGAGUUAUUACACAUAUCGACUGGGUCAGAAACACCAGGGUGAACUAGAGGACGAUCCGCGUCUUGCUGCGUUCGAGAAAAGAUGGUUUGAAGGAAAGCGUGGACUUGAUAUUGGCUGCAAUUCUGGGGAAUUUACUAUUACAAUUGCCAAGCGAUUGGCGCCAAGUUACCUACUGGGGGUGGAUGUGGACCCGCAGCUUAUUUCUCGAGCUAGAGGACAUUUGAAGGACAUUUUAAGACAGGAGCAAAUUGAGAAGGCAUAUAGUGAGAUUCCAGUAAUCAAAACCACUAGUAAAGAGAGCAGAGAUGGUAUUGCCGAGCCUCCUGCAGAUAUAGAUGGAGAAGCUGAGAGUGAAGGAUUGCAGAAGACUACAAAGGCUAUGACAAGUACAAAGACAAGUGAUGGAGAUACGUUUACCAAAGAAAUGCCGCUGUCUUUCCGCCUAUGGAAACCAUCGAUGCAUAGUCAGGAUACUGUUCCUCGAGCCAUUGGUAAGGCUGCCGUUGGGUCUGCUUUUCCACUGAACGUGAUCUUUAAGCGCGAAGACAUUGUAUCGGACGUGCAUGCUGGUAAGGAUUAUGACUUCAUCACGUGCCUUAGCGUUACGAAAUGGAUCCACCUUUUCCAUGGCGACGAAGGCGUCAAGAAGAUGUUUGCUAAAAUUUACGAGCUGCUGAUGCCUGGUGGCCGUCUCAUUCUUGAGCCGCAGCCGUGGAAAUCAUACCACAAGCGGAAGUUCACGUCCGAAAUCACUACAGCAAACUACCCCAAGAUUCAACUACGACCAAAAGACUUUCCGAAACAUCUUGUAGAUAUCACUGGUUUUCGUAGCUGCGAGUUCCUAGAGAUAUGUCAGACAUCUUCGAAAGGUUUCCGUCGGCCAGUCUACGUUGCCCAGAAAUAA